AGCGAUGAGCGUCCCGUUUGAUCGUAGCAGAGUGGUUUCGAUUGUGCGAGUGCGACUACGACUGCUACCCCGCGCCCGCGCCGACGAGAGCGGAGAAGCGAAGCGAAUUUCUAGAAGGAGCCGUAAAUAAAUACUCCUCCUCCUAGCCGGUGAGAGCAACGCCAACGCCCAUAGUUCCGUCCCAUACCAUACAACCACUCGCUAGCAACCAGAAACUCACUGCCGCCGCCGCCGCCGCUUGCAUUGGAGAAGCUCUUGCAGGAGCCUAAGGCUGUGUGUGCCAUCUUCGUUCCUCGGCGACGACCGCGAAAAUUGUAGGGCUGGCAGAUUGGUGGCCGGCCGGCGCGGCGGCCGAAGCCCAAGCCGAGGAGAUGGGGAGCAUGGACGGCCACCCGCUCCAGGGCAACCACGCCUACGCCCACGUCCCUGCCGGCAGCAACAACGACGAGGACGACGCGUCGCCGCCGCCCUCGGCCGGCGGGGGCUCCUCGGGGUCGGGCCGCCGGCCGCGCGGCAGGCCCCCGGGGUCCAAGAACAAGCCCAAGCCGCCCGUGGUGGUGACGCGGGAGAGCCCCAACGCGAUGCGCUCCCACGUGCUGGAGAUCGCCAGCGGGGCCGACAUCGUGGAGGCCAUCGCGGCCUUCUCCCGCCGCAGGCAGCGCGGCGUCUCCGUCCUCAGCGGGAGCGGCGCCGUCACCAACGUCACGCUGCGCCAGCCCGCGGGGACCGGGGCGGCCGCCGUCGCCCUAAGGGGGCGCUUCGAGAUACUCUCCCUGUCCGGCGCCUUCCUCCCGGCGCCGGCGCCGCCCGGGGCGACGGGGCUCGCCGUCUACCUCGCCGGCGGGCAGGGGCAGGUGGUCGGGGGCAGCGUGAUGGGGGAGCUUCUCGCGUCCGGCCCCGUCAUGGUGAUCGCGGCCACGUUCGGCAACGCCACGUACGAGAGGCUGCCGCUGGAUCAAGACGCCGAGGAGGGCGCCGUGCUGUCCGGGUCGGAGGGCGCCGCCACGCAGCUGGAGCAGCAGGGCAGCGGGGGCGCCGCCGUGCCCCCGCCGAUGUACGCGGUGCCGCAGACGCCGCCUAGCGACGUGUUCGGGCAGUGGGGGCAGGCGGCCGUGGCGCGGCCUCCGCCGACGUCAUUCUAGCGCUGCACCGGCGAGGUGAAUCGCGCGCGCGGUUCCUCUACCUAGCUAGUUUAGCUUUCUGCUUCCUCCCUAGUUGUUUGCCUAGCUUCCAUUAUCUUGUUAAUUAAUGUGCUAUGUCAUGCAUGGGUACUUGUAUGAUAUUUUUUUUCCCUUUUUUGUUUUCAUUCCUCUUCCGUCUUUGAAGCUUGGGAAUGUGAAAUUCCUACAGGUAUCAACAACCCAACGAACAAUGGUUGCUCGUCAAUUAGCUUCUUAUAAUUUCCAAUGAUCAAUUGGUGUUCGCCUCCUAA